AACGGUAUUCACACAACUCCCUGCGAUUUCCCCCAUAUAAUUACAAUAUACAUGGAAUCGGUGGGAUCCAAUCACAUCCCGCCACGUGUCAACCCGGUGUCCGACAGGAUUUACCGGGCACUCCGCCACCGCAUUCGUCUCCUCCACCGCCCUGACGCUGCCACGUUCCAUGUCCUCGGCGCCACGUCCAACGUCUACACGGUGACGUUGGCUUCGACGCCGAGGUGCACUUGUCCGGACCGUACGGUCCCGUGCAAGCACAUCCUGUUUGUCCUGAUCCGUGUUCUCGGUGUCCCUCUUGACGACACGUGUCUCCGGCGCCGGAAUAUCCGCCCAUGCUUCCUGUACCGCCUCCUCUCCGCCCCGACUCGGCCGGACUGCCUCGCCGGGUUUGCUCUCCGUCAACGGUUUCUUCAGCUCCUCUCCGCCUCCGUUUCCGACGCCGGUGACUCGGUUACGUCCACCUCCGCGGGUAAAAUGGUUGAAGAGGAAGAAAACGAGACGGGAGAAGGAGCAGCGACGUGUCCAAUAUGCCUAGACGAGAUUAACGCCGUCAAAGUUAACGGGGAGGAGAGAGAGAAAACGGCGGUGCUGAAGUGUAGGGUAUGCAAGAACAAGGUGCAUGAGGAAUGCAUGGGGACGUGGAGGAGGAGCCGUGGACGUCGGCCGGCGAGCUGCGUCGUCUGCCGUGCCCGGUGGCGGAGCAGUAGGGCUAAUUACGUGAUUAGCCCUAAUGACGACGGUAAUCACGGCAACUGCUAUCUGAAUCUUGCUCCCUAUAUCGGCCAGGACGAGGAUGUGGUCGGUACGAGCCAUUGGUCUUGUGCAGGUUGAAGAAUUUAAUUAGUU